GUGUGUUUUGUGAAUGCAGUGAUUAGAAAUGAAACCCGUCUCGGUGCUGUUAUUGGAAGGGGAGCCCCAUCUCUCUCUCGGGCGGUUUGUGUGAUUUUGCUAAAAUGCAUCACCAACAGCGAAUGGCUGCCUUAGGGACGGACAAAGAGCUGAGUGAUUUACUGGAUUUCAGUGCGAUGUUUUCACCUCCCGUGAGCAGUGGGAAAAAUGGACCAACUUCUUUGGCAAGUGGACAUUUUACUGGCUCAAAUGUAGAAGACAGAACUAGCUCAGGGUCCUGGGGGAAUGGAGGACAUCCAAGUCCAUCCAGGAACUAUGGAGAUGGGACCCACUAUGAACAUAUGACCAGCAGGGACCUUGGAUCACAUGACAAUCUUUCUCCUCCUUUUGUCAAUUCCAGAAUACAAAGUAAAACAGAAAGGGGUUCAUACUCGUCUUAUGGGAGAGAAUCAAACUUACAGGGUUGCCACCAGCAAAGCCUCCUUGGAAGUGACAUGGAUAUGGGCAAUCCAGGAGCUCUCUCACCAUCCAAACCUGGUUCCCAGUACUAUCAGUAUUCUAGCAAUAAUCCCCGGAGGAGGCCUCUUCAUAGUAGUGCCAUGGAGGUACAAACAAAGAAAGUUCGAAAAGUUCCUCCGGGUUUGCCAUCUUCAGUUUAUGCCCCGUCAGCAAGCACUGCCGACUACAAUAGGGACUCACCAGGUUAUCCAUCUUCAAAACCAGCAGCCAGCACUUUUCCUAGCUCCUUCUUCAUGCAAGAUGGCCAUCACAGCAGUGACCCUUGGAGCUCCUCCAGUGGGAUGAAUCAGCCUGGCUACGGAGGAAUGUUGGGCAAUUCUUCUCAUAUUCCACAGUCUAGCAGCUACUGCAGCUUGCAUCCACAUGAACGUUUGAGUUAUCCUUCUCACUCCUCAGCAGACAUCAAUUCUAGUCUUCCUCCGAUGUCUACUUUCCAUCGUAGUGGUACAAACCAUUACAGCGCCUCUUCCUGCACACCACCUGCUAAUGGAACAGACAGUAUAAUGGCAAAUAGAGGAAGUGGUGCAGCAGGCAGUUCACAGACUGGCGAUGCUCUGGGGAAAGCACUUGCUUCGAUCUAUUCUCCAGAUCACACUAACAACAGCUUUUCAUCAAAUCCUUCAACUCCUGUUGGCUCUCCUCCUUCUCUCUCAGGCACAGGCACAGCUGUUUGGUCUAGAAAUGGAGGACAGGCAUCAUCAUCGCCCAAUUACGAAGGACCAUUACAUUCUUUGCAAAGCCGAAUUGAAGAUCGCUUGGAAAGACUGGAUGAUGCUAUUCAUGUUCUCCGGAACCAUGCAGUUGGGCCUUCAACAGCUAUGUCUAGUGGUCAUAGUGAUAUGCAUGGAUUAAUAGGACCUUCUCAUAAUGGUGCCAUGGGCGGUCUUGGAUCAGGAUAUGGGACAGGUCUUCUUUCUGCCAACAGGCAUUCACUCAUGGUCGGCGCCCAUCGCGAAGAUGGUGUGGCUCUAAGAGGCAGCCAUUCUCUUGUGCCAAACCAGGUUCCAGUCCCGCAACUCCCAGUUCAGUCAGCCACUUCCCCUGACUUGAACCCUCCUCAAGAUCCAUACAGGGGCAUGCCAGCUGGAUUACAGGGGCAGAGUGUAUCCUCAGGUAGCUCUGAGAUCAAAUCCGAUGAUGAGGGAGAUGAAAACCUGCAAGACACAAAAUCUUCUGAGGACAAGAAAUUAGACGACGACAAGAAGGAUAUCAAAUCAAUUACUAGGUCAAGAUCUAGCAAUAAUGAUGAUGAAGAUCUGACACCGGAGCAGAAAGCAGAGCGUGAAAAAGAAAGGAGGAUGGCCAACAACGCCCGUGAGCGCCUGCGUGUGCGUGACAUCAAUGAGGCUUUCAAGGAGUUGGGCCGCAUGGUGCAGCUCCAUCUGAAGAGUGACAAGCCCCAGACAAAACUCCUGAUCCUCCACCAGGCAGUGGCCGUCAUUCUCAGCUUAGAGCAGCAAGUGCGAGAAAGGAAUCUGAAUCCUAAAGCGGCAUGCCUGAAAAGAAGGGAAGAAGAAAAAGUCUCUUCAGAGCCUCCUCCUCUCUCCUUGGCGGGACCUCACCCCGGAAUGGGAGAUGCAUCGAAUCACAUGGGACAGAUGUGA